AUGAACGAAACCCGAAUAGCCGAGCUUGCAGACAAAAUCACGCAUACUCGGCAACAUGGCCCAAUCAAGGUACUCAUGUCUGCCCUGUUAACGGUAUUGGUAAUCGGAACCAUUCCAUUAUUCAUUCGAGAACGAAAAAACUCCAUGGUCAAGCACCGUUCAUGGACACUUAACAUUGUAGUAUCCAUUGCAGUCACCAUAUCGCUAUGGAUGGAUGCAUGUCUAUCAAUGCCUGGUUGGACCACCAGUAGUACACGGCCUGUGGUAUUUAUUGUUCGAGCACUAUCGAUAAUCACCACCCUCUGUGGAUACAUGCCCACUUAUCUGAGGCAUUAUUUUCUACUAUGCCUGCCAAAAAUACAAACCAAACUUCUUGACAAUGAUGUCAUGUUUGAUCCUGAAAAGUACAAGGCGUUAUCUGCACAACUUUAUCGCACAAGACUCUUAUCAAGCGAAACAGGAGCAUGGAUCUUCUUUCUUAUCAAUUUCAUUCCAUAUUUUGGGGCUCUUGUUUACUGUAUGAUCAUUACUGAUUUCAAAAAGACGGCGCUAAAUAUCCCUACCCCAACAGUUUUAUGCACAACAUAUGGGUCAUUGAUCAUUACUUUAAUUUCAACAGUAUUUGUUUUAUGGUAUGGGCCGAGGUCCCAAAAAGACAACUUCUUUAUCAUGAAACAGUUUUAUAUCGUCACCGUCCUCACGAUAGGAGGUGCAGUGUUUUCGAUUGUAACCAUGUUUCUGAAGGAUCCGUACAUUAUAAAUAUCUGCCUUACUACUGCGUCAUUUUUAAUGUUUACGACGUUGGUGGUUGAUCAGACCAUGCCUCUCCACUAUCUUGGAAUCAAGCGAAAGGACUACAUGAUUAGGCCUCGUACUUUCAGUAUUUCCACCAAAAAAGUUGCCAAGAGUACCAAAAAGCUACAUAGGGAGUAUUCAAUUAAAAAUAACGAAACCCCAAAUAGUGGAUGCUUGAACGGAGCGAAUGACGCAAAUUCCACGGACAACCAUAGCUCUAGUACAUCUAGUAACUCUACCAAGAGAGGUGUAUUAAAUCUGGAUCACAUUCUUGCCGAUGCGGCUUUGCGAGAUGCGUUCUGUAUCUACAUGGCUCGUGAAUUUUCAAUGGAAAAUGUACUUUUUAUCGAGACAAUCAAGGGAUAUAAAAGUCAAAUUACAAAAAACCCAACAAAGUCCAACACCCGAAAGCUCUUUGAAAAAAUCAAGUCCGAGUUCAUUGCAUCAAAUUCGGUCAAUGAAAUCAAUCUUCCGACAAAAAUUGCAAAGAAGCUAUUCGAUGAUUCCGACAAAAUUUUCAAAAGUGGAGACGAUUGCUGCAGUAACUUUGAUGUCGCCGCUGCAACAAACUUGUUUGACGAUGCUGUUGUUCAUAUUGAGCUAAUGCUGGCUCAAGAUCACAUUCGCAAAUUCCAAGUCACAUCUGUCUAUAGUGAUGCUACUGCCUCGUAA